GGGUUAGUUCUUGCUGUUCGAGGGACACAACGAGAUUUUGGAAAUAGUACUUUAGUGCAGCCAUGUUGGAGCGACUCGUAGGACGCGGCGUACGUUACAAUGUCCUGUCGCUCAAGUACUUUUUAAUUUAAUUAAUCACUUUCUGUUUUCUGCCGAUAUUUGCCUAAGUAUCCGCAUGACGUGCGAAAUAUGAAACUGAAGACGUAGUCACGACCGAAUCGUUGAUUCCUCGCUCGCGGUGAGACAUCCAUAUUAUAGGUUAGAAACGCUCGCAUGAUUUAAUCGAAAACGCGCGUAUCUUUAGCGUCCAUUCGCGGCAAAAUGGAUUUCUCCGGGAGCAACGCGAUCCACGGUGCGCUUCCACAAUUUUCAGAAUUGACCUCUCGAUCCAGCACGGUUCCUACGUCGAAAUUCACCAGCAGCGACAAUAAUCAAACGGAACAAACCAUUGUUUAUACAACCGCCGCUGGUUCGAAUCAGACAAAACAAAGUUUAUUGGUGAAUUCAACGAACAAGUACACAGGUCCGAUAUUAGCAUGGCCAGAUCCUAACACUUUGAUGCAGUUUUGUGAGAAGCAAGGCAUUCAGACAAUUAACGUUCCCAAUUACAAUCAGAACAAUCCGAUACUUGGUGUUCAAUCAAACAGUCUACCAGUAAGGAUUAUACCUAAUAUGUAUUUGCCGUCAACCUUGCAGCCAGAGAUUAUGAAACAAGACUUGGAUUCUAGAACUGAAAAUGAAAAGCAAACGUCUGUAAUGCAAGAUUCUCAACUUCAGCAACAAAGUGCCAUGACAGAAUAUUUUCAAAAGUUGCAAGCUACCACUCUUCCAUUGACGCUUCAACAAUUGAUCAAACUGCAAACGGAGCAGGUGAAGAAAGAGAAGACUGAGGAGGAGAAAGCGGAGCACACACAGAACAAUAUCCUCAACAUUCCUAGUGUUUCAGUAUUCAGAAAUACUCAAGUACAGAAUGGAAACAACAGUUUCAUCAAUUCAGAUCAAAUGAUGGUGUCUAUAAAUCCAAACGAUCUGAAUAUUCAAGUAGAGAAUCAGCAAGAAAAUGAGAACACGGUACAGACUGUUAAGGUAGAGCAGCAGAUACAAACUGACUCGCCAAAAAUCGAAAAAAAGAUGAAAUUCAGGGCGAAAACCGGGGAGAUAAAAAUUAGCGUCGGGCUGGACGGUUCGACGCUAUACUGUUGUCCUGAGUGCAACUUGGCGUUUCCGGAUAAAACAGAAAUUGAACAACAUAUACAAGCUCACAUACAGGAACGUAAGUACCAAUGCAAAGAAUGUGGUGCUAUGUUGAAACGAAAGGAGCAUCUCGAUCAACACAUGCGUGGACAUUCGGACGAGAGACCGUUCAAGUGUCCAGUGUGUCACAAAGCGUUUAAAAGGAACGAACACUUGACGAGGCAUUACGUUAUUCAUUCUGGAGAUAAGAAUUUUUUGUGUUCGGUAUGUCAAAAAGCGUUCUCUAGGAAGGAUCACCUGAACAAGCACACUCAAACGCAUCUAGGAAUUAGAAGGAACAGGACGAAGAAAGAUUCGUUUUUCAUCGAGCAAAAGGAUCCUUUCGAAAAAGCUCCUGAAGUUUCCACGAUGCCUAAACAGGAAGUGAGCUUCGUCUUGAAAGACGGAGGCUUCAUGAAACAAGAGCCUAAUUUCCUGCAGUAUAUACAGAACCUUCAAAAAGAUCAGAAUCUGAUCCACACUUUCUCUUCGUUUAAAGAGCAAGUGAUGAAGGAGGCAAACGUGCUGCAACAACAGGCAGUAAACAUGAACGAGAUUCUGCCUCAGAAUACAAGGUACUUAAUGCCGUCUUAGUCGUAAAUAAGCUCGUUUGAAUUCAAAGCAAUAAAGGCUGUUCAUGUGGGAGCGUCGGGGUUUAGCACAAAAUAGAAAAUUGAUUAGGCGCAUUCUUAGGAAUUGGAACGCAUUCUAAUAUUUAAAUUGUGGAAUUUUUGGAAAAAAGAGCGGCACUAGGAGACUAAGGUGCAAUUAGUAAAUGAAUAGUCAUCGGUGAUAAAUAUUCAUGAAUAUCGGUGGUGAUUAAUCAUCAAACUAACUAGAGUCUCAAUGAACUUGGAACAUAGUCUUCUUUUGUGAGAAGUAUUUUAUACUCAUACUUUUAGCGAAUACAUUAUGAAGUUCCAUAGUCAAGUUCUAUUAUUUGCAUGAAAUAGUGACACUUAAUGAUAGUCCGCCACAAAGCCUGAAUGAGUCUAAUAAUAAAAGCCUAGAUAAACUAAAAAGAAGCAUACCAACACGCAAAUUGAAACGAAACGAGCAACCUGCGUAAAAACACUCUGUUUUAUUUAAACUGGUUUUAGAAGUAGUAAUUUCUUUAUUGAUUCUAGUCUACGAUCAUAGAAAGCAUGCAACUAUAGGUCGCCGAACUUGAAUUUUUUAUUGUCACUAAUUCUUUUUUUUUUUUUUCAAUGAAUUCGAGUUUCGUUUGUGACCUGAAAUGAAGUAUGGUUAAAGUAACUCGCAAUUGCCAAUUUACUGUUAGGUUAACUUUGAAACGAGUACCAAUAGCAAAUAAUAGCAUACUGCCAAUAAUUGUGGUUACAAAAAUUUGUAGAAUAAUUGUGUAUAUAAGUGUUAUACAAAUUUGACCUGAUGGAGACUCAAUGGGUACAUUGUUUGAUCUCUGAUUCGUCCGUGUCCAUCUUUAACAAGUAUCUAUGUAUAGUAUAACUCAUUUUAUAACAAUUAUAAUUACAAUUCAUUUUUAUUUUUUUUUUUUCUCGAUUUUCUCGAAUUGAACAAACAGAUAUUAUCUGUGUGUAUGAUUUUUUUACCGAUUCUUAGUGAAAAAUAUUUGUACUAUAUGAUUACUUUUAUUUCCUUUAUUUCCU